UCGGCAGCUGGCUGCGAUACAGCUCCUCCCUCCAGUGUGUUGGCUUUCCCGAACAAAGAUCCUUGGACGUGCACAGUUUCGCUGAAGAGCACUUUUCUCCCCCAAAACAACCAGACGGACAAUCGAGGCGUCAGUUAUUCCAUAUCGACCUGAGAGAAAGGAGUUAAGGUGUCGGAUAAGGUCUCCAACGGUCCUUCACUCCCCACCAAAUCUCUGUCAGCGAUGGAGACUUGGGCUGGCUUCUGCCCAGCCUUGCACUUAUCUCUGGGUAUCUGGGUGAUGAUAGCCGCUCAUACCCUACAAAAUGCCAAGGCGGAGAUAACUUGCGCAUCUUGCACGUCGCCAAUUCAACUUCACCUGGAGCAAUUGCAGCUGGGGAUGCGCACUGACCCGACAGAGGAGCCGGGCACCCUAAAAAACAUCCGAGUAGAGUUUAGGGAACUCGGGGUCGACGACGAUCACCAGACAGGCGUUUCUGUCGAGGAUGUCCCCCAGUUCCCUGAAGAUGCCAGUUUGGAUGGAGUUAGUGCAAAGGAAGAUGCGCCAGGGUCCAGUGAAGAAAGUCACCGCGGCAGUGAUAAGGCGGGGGAUCCCGAGACGGGUGAGGAUGCUGCGCUCCGGAGGGCGAAGAGAAACGGCCCGGAGUUUGGCGAGUUCAAUGAGAACGGCUGGACCGGCCGGGCUGGCAUGGAUACUGGCGCUCCGGAGGACCGAGGCUCCUUAUUAGACGGACACAGGCAGGGCAGGUCCGAUUUCAGAUGGAACAGGGACGAAGGGAGAGGGAAUAACCGGCAGGAUGAGCCCAAGCUCACCAGCAGCACUUUCGCUCUGACAGGGGACUCUGCGCAUAACCACGCGGUGGUUUACUGGUCUGGGCAAAACAGCAGCGUGAUCCUGAUUCUAACCAAGCUGUACGACUUUCAUAUUGGCAGCGUCACUGAGAGCACUCUUUGGAGAUCUACUGACUAUGGCUCCACAUACGAGAGAAUGAAUGACAAAGUAGGAUCCAAGACUGUCCUGAGUUACCUAUAUGUCUGUCCAACCAACAAGAGAAAGAUUAUGGUGUUGACAGAUCCGGAGUUUGAGAGCAGCGUCCUCAUCAGCUCUGAUGAGGGAGCCAGUUACCAGAAGUAUCGCCUCACUUUCUACAUCCUGAGCCUUUUAUUCCACCCCACUGAAGAGGACUGGGCCUUAGCCUACAGUCACGACCAGAAGCUGUACAGCUCAGUGGACUUUGGCAGAAAAUGGCAGCUCAUCCACGAACACGUCACGCCGAACAGAUUCUACUGGUCUGUCUUGGGCCUAGACAAGGAGCCAGAUCUGGUCCACAUGGAGGCUCAUACACCAGAUGGAGAUGUGCAGUAUGUCACAUGCAGAGCUCAGAUGUGCACAGAAGCUAACAGGAACUACCCGUUCCCUGGAUACAUCGACAUCAGCUCUUUGGUGGUUCAAGAUGACUACAUAUUCAUACAGGUUCCUACAUCAGGACGAGCUACCUAUUAUGUGUCCUACAAGAGAGACUCGUUUAUACAAACCAAACUACCCAAAUACUCCCUGCCCAAGGAUUUACACAUUGUCAGCACUGAUGAGAAGCAGGUAUUUGCGGCAGUGCAGGAGUGGAACCAGAAUGACACCUAUAACCUCUACCUGUCUGACACCAAAGGGAUCUACUUCACCUUGGCCAUGGAAAAUGUCAAGACCACUAGGGGCAUUGGAGGGAACCAGAUGCUGGACCUGUACGAGGUGGCAGGAAUUAAAGGCAUGCUGAUUGCUAACAAGAGGCAAGACAACCAGGUCAAGACUUACAUCACCUACAAUAAAGGCCGGGACUGGAGGCUCCUGCAGGCUCCUGCUACUGACCUGGAUGGAAAUGACAUUCACUGCAUACUGCCUUUCUGUUCACUCCAUCUCCAACUGCAAAUGUCAGAGAACCCAUACUUGUCAGGAACAAUCUCGACUAAGAGCUCUGCACCAGGGAUCAUAGUUGCCACAGGAAACAUUGGAGCAGAGCUGUCUUAUAACAACGUUGGCAUGUUCACAUCAUCUGAUGCUGGCAAUAGCUGGAGACAGAUUUUUGAAGAGGAGCACAAUGUGUGGUUUCUGGACAAAGGCGGGGCCCUUGUCGCUGUGAAACAGCCAUCUGUGCCAACCAGGCACUUGUGGGUCAGCUUUGACGAGGGGAGGCAGUGGAACCAACACAGUUUCUCCUCUGUGCCUCUGUUCGUGGAUGGAGUCUUGGUGGAGGCCGGGGCCGAAAACCAAAUAAUGACCUUCUUUGGGCACUUCAGCCACCGUUCGGAAUGGCAGCUCAUCAAGAUAGACUACAAGUCAAUCUAUGGCAGGAAAUGCACAGAGGAAGACUAUCAAACCUGGCACCUACACAACCAGGGUGAGCCGUGCGUGAUGGGACAAAAACAAAUUUACAUGAAGCGCAGGCCUGGAAACUACUGCAUGCUGGGAAACGACUACUCCAGAAUCCUCUCAGCGGAGUCCUGUAUUUGUCGAGCUCAUGAUUUUGAAUGUGACUAUGGAUAUGAACGCAGCGGCGACGGGAACUGCCUGCCUGCCUUCUGGUUCAAUCCCUCCAGUGUCUCCGGAAGCUGCAGUCAAGGUCAAAACUACCUCAACAGCACAGGGUACCGUAAAGUGGUGUUGAACAACUGCACUAAAGGAGUUAAAGAAAUGUACACGGCCAGAAAGCAGCAGUGUCCCAACAGGCCCCCUAAAGGACUCCUGCUGACUGCCAAAGAUGGCAAACUCACUGCCAACCUGGGCAGCAACGUUACCUUUCUGGUGCAUCUGGAUGAGGGUGACUCUAUGCGGACCAACAUCCAGCUGGAUUUUGGUGACGGCACAGCCGUGUCUUACUCCAACCUGAGCUGGACUGAGGAGGGGAUCAAACAUGUCUAUAAGUCUGCUGGAAUAUUUCGUGUCACAGCGCUGGCAGAGAACACGCUGGGUUAUGACACCACGACACUCUUCCUGCAUGUCACAUGUCCAGUGGAGCAUGUCCAGCUUCUCGCUCCCUUCGUGGUCAUAAGGAACAAGGAGGUGAACAUCACAGCAGUGGUCUUACCCAGCCACUCACGUACUGUCACUUACUUCUGGUGGCUGGGAAACAAUACUGAGCCAGUGAUAACGCUGGACGGGAGUAUCUCAUACACCUUCCCCAACGAAGGAAUGCACACCAUCACAGUCCAAGUGGCUGCAGCCAACACCAUACUGCAGGAUACCAAGACCAUAGCAGUCAAAGAAUUCUUCAAAUCUCUACUUUUAUCGUUCUCGCCUAAUCUGGACGAGUUCAACCCCGACAUACCCGAGUGGAGACAGGAUGUGGGGAGAAUAAUUAAAAAGGCUCUGCUGCAAGUGUCUGACUUCCCGGAGGAGCAGCUCUUGGUAGCCGUGUUCCCAGGAGUUCCAACAGCUGCUGAGCUCUUCCUGUUACCUUACAAGAACCAAUCAGAGGGCAAGAAAAAGAGUGAGGAGGAGCUAGAACAGGUAUCUGACAUCAUUGUAAGUGCGCUGAACCAAAAUUUGGUGGAGUUUGAGCUCAAGCCUGGUGUAAGAGUGAUCGUGUACAACACACAGUUAACACUGGCACCCUUGGUGGAUUCCAACCCCAGACACAGCAGCUCAGCCAUGCUGAUGCUCCUAUCAGUGGUGUUCCUGGGCCUAGCUGUGUUCCUCAUCUACAAAUUCAAGAGAAAAAUACCUUGGAUCAACAUAUAUGCUGAGGUAAACCAGGAGAAAGAGCAGGAGAUGAUUGGCUCUGUGGGCCAGGGGGACAGCACGCCUAAAAUCACUCUGAGUGAGUUCUCAACUUCCAAAGAACUCAUGGAGAAAGAACUGGAUGCCAGGGUCAAAAGGGGAGUUGGAAAAACCUGCGAGAGCACAAGGGAGAUUCCAAACUGUACUAGCGUGUAAAGCCGGAGAGCAACAGUUUAUGUACAGAGUGAAGUAUUGCAGUGUCGGAGGUUUUCUUUUUCUGUUUUGUAAUUCUCCACAGAACUGAUGUUAAUAGUUUUCUAAGGGACCUCAUUUAUACAGACUUGCACGGAUGCCUCGUUCAACAACAUCCACGCAGCAAAUGUCAAUUUACUCAAUGAGAUCAUUGUAAUUACUGACAAAACGUGUUCAGUUUUGUGGAUGUAUAAGCUACAUAUCGAUAUUCAUUUGCGGAGUGAAAUAUCUUUCGUCAAAACCUAUGAAGAGUUAUGUAAAAAGGAGUUUGCUUUGAAAUUCAUUCUGCCUAUAAAUAGACUAUAAUGUCUGAGUCUUCAAUCAAACAGGGAAUAUUAUUGAAAUGUACAAAAUCAUCUGUUUUGUCAAAUGUAUAUAUUAUUACUUUCUAUAUGCUCGUAGUCUGAGUACCAUGGCGACGACAGAAGAUCUGACAAUGGUCUGUUUUUGAGUGUGUUAAAAAGUCAAACAUUACUUAAAGAAAUCAACUUUGUUUUGC